AUUUUGUUGAGCUACAAGUCUACAAAAUGUAGGAUGUUUUCUUGUCCUUUUUUUGUCUUAGAAAGUUUAGGCGCAGGUCUAUUGCUUUGGUUCUCUGUAGUUGACAUGGUGAAAAGUUCAACUCGGUUGAAUUGUAGUGCACUUAACGUCACGUGAAUUUGGGUAGGCUUCUGUGCUGUUUGGCAAUCGGCAUUCCUCCUCCUCUCUAUUAGUCUCCUGCUAAACACACAACACUCUCGGAGAGAACACAAUGACAUAUCGGAGUUCGAGACACGGUGAAGACAGCCGACGGUCACCGGACUACUGAUGGGAAAAUAUUUUUUUCGCACAAAAUUAACCGUUUUACCUCAAGCAUAAACUUUCAAACAACAGGAAAACGUUGCCUUAUUAUAUUGAGAAAUCCAGGACACAGGCACCAUGGCGAGGUUUUACAGGGAAACCACGAAUCAAUAGAAAGGGUUAUUGCCGUUCUCUUCUGGGUUGGACCAGUUGGGUCAGACGAGAGACUCCUCAGACAAAGAAAAGACGAGUGAUUGACGCACCAUGGAGGGCGGGAACGAUGUGGAUCUGUCCAACAGUAACAUCACCCCGCUGUGGAAGAGGCGCUCAGCCAAUCACACUGGCCCCAGCAAGCUAAAGGCCCGGCCCCUCAGCUACCAGAUAGACGGAGUCCACAUGACUGACUUCCCCGUAGAGGACAACAAGUGCAGCUUUACCCUGAGCCAGCCUGCAGAGAGACUGGUGGCCACGCCGGGAGGAGGGACGGUCAUUCUGAAGCACGUUCUCAACCCACCCACCAGGAAAACACGGGUAGUCAGGAGUAUAAGUAUUGGACAUCUGUCCAAAGGCCGUUUCUCUCUGUCCAAGUUCAAGUCGGAGGAUGAUAAGUCGCUGUCGUUGAACAGUAAGGCAUGUCACGGUGGGAGUGUUGAUAAUGUGUGGUCAGACAAGCCUCUGCUGGACACCCAGAAUCGACUAUCCAGCCCGUUCACCCUCACCGCUCACAGGGACCAGAUAGUGUUUGGGACGAGCCCUUCAUCGCCGGACUCUGCCUCCUCCAAACACCCCUCUCCCCCUGCCUCCCCCAAUAAGCACCACCACCAUAACCUGACCUCCCCUUCUUCCUACCACCCCUUAACUCCUGUCCCCUCUCCCCGUAACCCCAGCCCCUCUCCCCCUAACCCCAGCCCCUCCACCCCUAACCCCAGCCCCAGCCCCUCCACCCCUAGUCUCCACACCCCUACCCCAUCCCACAGCUCCACCUCCAGUAUCAACUCCCUCUCUUCCCUCAUCUCCACCCCUUCUGACCUCCCCACACCCCACAGCCCCUCCUCUGCUGACAUGUCUUCCCCCUCUCAUUCCCCCACUCCCACCCUCUCUCCCUCCAUCUCCCUAUCUCCUCCUCCCUCCAUUGUCCUCAGCACCCACAGUGCAGCUGCCCUGAAGAAGGGCACACAGCAGCUGAUCCCCAAAGGGCUGGCGUCCCUGAGCAAGGCCUCUCCUGCUGGGGUACAGAGCCACGGCAUGGGGGGUCUGCUGGGCCUGGAUCCUACCAAGCGGGCCCUGCGAGCCCUCAGCAUGGUGGAGACUGGAUCCUUCUUCUCCACUGGCGUAGGGUCCGGGGGAGGGGGGACAGACCAGGAUGAGAGCACUGGGACUAUGAAGAGAGGCUUGAGGUCUACCUCGUACAGGAGAGCAGUGGUAAGUGGAGUGGAAAUGGAAAUACCAUCUGAUGACCUCAAGACCCAUCGUCUGUCCCAACCUGUAGACCCAAAGAGCCAUCGUCUGUCCCAACCUGUAGACCCAAAGAGCCAUCGUCUGUCCCAACCUGUACUCAGAGGUCUACAGGAGGUCAAGGAGAGACCGACCAGCCCUGGGAAGAAGAACAAGAGUCCUGAUAAGAAGCCAGGACUGAUCACACAGAGGACAUUUGACAGUGAAGAGGAGGAACUGUAUCAGAACUACCAGGAGAAAGCUCUUCACAAUGACUCUGAUGAGGACCAGUCCAGAGAGGCCAAACCUGAUGACCGCAUCGUGAUGCAGUACAGACCCAUACGCACCUCCUGGAGCCAACUCAGUGUGGUAAAGAAGAGUGGCGUUUCUGAUAAACUCAGCCAGGAGGAGCGGAAAAGACAAGAGGCCAUAUUUGAGUUGAUAUCGUCAGAACACUCCUACCUCCACAGUCUGGAGGUUCUGAUCCGGAUGUUUCAGAACUCAGCAGAGCUCAGUGACACCAUGACCAAGACCGAGCACCACCACCUCUUCUCCAACAUCACAGACGUGUGUGAGGCCAGCAAGAAGUUCUUUAAAGAGUUAGAGGAUAUACACCAGCAGAACAUUGUUAUAGAUGACAUCAGUGACGUCGUGUUCAGACACGCCCAGUCCAACUUUGACCCCUACAUCACCUACUGCUCCAAUGAGGUUUAUCAGCAGAGGACCCUACAGAGGCUAGUUAGUAAGAGUCCAGUGUUUAAGGAGGUGUUGACUCGUAUUGAGGGCCACCCAGACUGCAGGAACCUCCCAAUGAUCUCCUUCCUGAUCCUGCCGAUGCAGAGAGUCACACGCCUGCCUCUGCUGAUGGACGUAAGACAGCACUCAUAUACUGGACACUCAUAUACUGGACACUCAUAUACUGGACACUCAUAUACUGGACACUCAUAUCCUGGACAGUCAUAUCCUGGACACUCAUAUACUGGACACUCAUACACUAGACACUCAUAUACUGGCCAGUCAUAUCCUGGACUCUCAUACACUGGACACUCAUAUACUGGCCAGUCAUACAUUGCACUCACAUCUAACACACUCGUAUACUGGACACUCAUCUAUGGGACAGACCACAGGCCACGGACCACAGGACACGGACCACAGGACACGGACCACAGGACCACAGGACCACAGGACACGGACCACAGGACCACAGGACACGGACCACAGGACCACAGGACACGGACCACAGGACCACAGGACACGGACCACAGGACACGGACCACAGGACCACAGGACACGGACCACAAGACACGGACCACAGGACACGGACCACAGGACACGGACCACAGGACACGGACCACAGGACCACAGGACACGGACCACAGGACACGGACCACAGGACCACAGGACACGGACCACAGGACCAGGACACAGGACACGGAUCACAGGAACACAGGACACGGACCACAGGACACGGACCACAGGACACGGACCACAGGACCACAGGACAUGGAUCACAGGAACACAGGACAUGGAUCACAGGAACACAGGACACGGACCACAGGACACGGACCACAGGACCACAGGACAUGGAUCACAGGAACACAGGACAUGGAUCACAGGAACACAGGACACGGACCACAGGACACGGACCACAGGACACGGACCACAGGACCACAGGACACGGACCACAGGACACGGACCACAGGACCACAGGACACGGACCACAGGACACGGAUCACAGGAACACAGGACACGGACCACAGGACCACAGGACACGGACCACAGGACCACGGGACACGGACCACAGGACACGGACCACAGGACCACAGGACAUGGACCACAGGACACGGACCACAGGACCACAGGACACGGAUCACAGGACCACAGGACCACAGGACACGGACCACAGGACCACAGGACACGGACCACAGGACCACAGGACACGGACCACAGGACACGGACCACAGGACCACAGGACACGGACCACAGGACCACAGGACACGGAUCACAGGACUACAGGACACGGAUCACAGGACACAGACCACAGGACCACAGGACACGGACCACGGACCACAGGACACGGACCACAGGACCACAGGACACAGACCACAGGACCACAGGACACGGACCACAGGACACGGACCACAGGACCACAGGACACAGACCACAGGACACAGACCACAGGACCACAAGACACGGACCACAGGGCACGGACCACAGGACACAGUAUGUGGUUUAGCGGCUGACCAAGAUGGCUUUAGUACAGGUGACCUCACCAGGGUGAUAACGGUAGAGACUGACCUCUACAUAACAGGUGACCGCUAUGCAACAGGUGACCUCACCAGGGUGAGGAAUGAGCGUGCUCGCUGGAUCAGUGCUCUGGGCCAGAGCAGCAAUGAGGAGAAGAACCAAGACCGAACCAAUGCCAUGCAGGUGGAGGUGACGAGGACGUACACAGCCAAGCAGCCUGAUGAGCUGUCACUGCAGGUGGCUGACGUGGUCCUGGUGUCACAGACUGUGGAGGAUGGCUGGUAUGAGGGCGAGCGACUCCGUGAUGGCGAGAGGGGUUGGUUCCUGUCAGAAUGUGCUGAACCAAUCAUGUGCCAGGCCACUAUUGAGCGCAACGUGCAGAGGAUGGACCGCCUCCAGGGGCUGGAAACCAAUGUGUGAGCUGGAACUGUAGGCUCCACCCAUUAAAUACACCAGUGACCUGCCUUCAAUCAGACACACCAAUGAGUGAGCUGGAACUGCAGGCUCCACCCACUAAAUACACCAGUAACCUGCCUUCAAUCAGACACACCAAUGAGUGAGCUUUAUGCCAGCAACAGCCCUCCACUGAACACACCAAUAGAAAGUCUCUUUGGUCAACAGAGCAAUGUGUGAGAUCUUUCUGCCAGCGACUGAAUACACCAAUGAGCCGCCUUCAAGCACUAUCAACCAAUGAGAGUGCUGACUGCCACUAAAUGCACCAAUAGAAUCUCUCUGUGGUCAACAGACACAGGUAUGCCAGCUGACUGCAUCUAUUAGAAUGGGUUUGGGGUCCAGUGAUUGUUACCCAUGCAGUGUAACAUUCCCCAUCUUCUACCAAUCUCUAUGGUAAGGAAGUUUGACCCUAUGCCCUGUCAACAACACUUUGACUCCUCCCACUGAUGGAAGACUGUCCAACCACUGCCCGUGUGACUGCUUUUUGGCCCCGAAGGACAUCCCACUUGGACACACGCGCACACAGAACGUGCUGGGGUCAAAGUUUAAAACUGCCACGUGGAUUGGUCACCUAUAAUAACAGUAGAUUACAACUAAUAUAACAUGUAUUCAUUUCAUUUCCUUCUGAAAGACUCCCCAGGAAUGAAGCUUACCUUCUGUACUACAUAACUCAGAUUUAUAUUAGUAUAUUUUCUGUCAUGCUUUUUAAAGUGCCAGGUUGUUGUGAUGGGACAGGUCAGUUUCACUUCUGCUCUGUGGUCAGGUUAUAGUGUGUGAUGAGACUGUUGGGGAAGAGGCUCAUUGUAGACACACAAAUUACACUUUACGUUAGACUUGUCUGUGUGUGGCUAGGAGGCCUUUUGUAAUGUAACUGAAUGUGACGACGGUCCAAAAUGGCCAAAUAAACGGAUCAUUUCUAGACUUCCCUGUGUGGCCAGUAGGAGCCAAAAUGGCAGAAUGGCUGGUCCAGUUUCCUGACUUCCCUCUGGUUAGAAGGUUACAGUAGAGUGAGGCUGAAUGUAAGGAGCCAAAAUGGCAGAAUGACCAGUCCAGUUUCCUGACUUCCCUCUGGUUAGAAGGUUACAGUAGAGUGAGGCUGAAUGUAAGGAGCCAAAAUGGCAGAAUGACCAGUCCAGUUUCCUGACUUCCCUCUGGUUAGAAGGUUACAGUACAGUGAGGCUGAAUGUAAGGAGCCAAAAUGGCAGAAUGACCAGUCCAGUUUCCUGACUUCCCUCUGGUUAGAAGGUUACAGUACAGUGAGGCUGAAUGUAAGGAGCCAAAAUGGCAGAAUGACCAGUCCAGUUUCCUGACUUCCCUCUGGUUAGAAGGUUACAGUACAGUGAGGCUGAAUGUAAGGAGCCAAAAUGGCAGAAUGACCAGUCCAGUUUCCUGACUUCCCUCUGGUUAGAAGGUUACAGUACAGUGAGGCUGAAUGUAAGGAGCCAAAAUGGCAGAAUGACCAGUCCAGUUUCCUGACUUCCCUCUGGUUAGAAGGUUACAGUAGAGUGAGGCUGAAUGUAAGGAGCCAAAAUGGCAGAAUGACCAGUCCAGUUUCCUGACUUCCCUCUGGUUAGAAGGUUACAGUAGAGUGAGGCUGAAUGUAAGGAGCCAAAAUGGCAGAAUGACCAGUCCAGUUUCCUGACUUCCCUCUGGUUAGAAGGUUACAGUAGAGUGAGGCUGAAUGUAAGGAGCCAAAAUGGCAGAAUGACCAGUCCAGUUUCCUGACUUCCCUCUGGUUAGAAGGUUACAGUACAGUGAGGCUGAAUGUAAGGAGCCAAAAUGGCAGAAUGACCAGUCCAGUUUCCUGACUUCCCUCUGGUUAGAAGGUUACAGUACAGUGAGGCUGAAUGUAAGGAGCCAAAAUGGCAGAAUGACCAGUCCAGUUUCCUGACUUCCCUCUGGUUAGAAGGUUACAGUAGAGUGAGGCUGAAUGUAAGGAGCCAAAAUGGCAGAAUGACCAGUCCAGUUUCCUGACUUCCCUCUGGUUAGAAGGUUACAGUAGAGUGAGGCUGAAUGUAAGGAGCCAAAAUGGCAGAAUGACCAGUCCAGUUUCCUGACUUCCCUCUGGUUAGAAGGUUACAGUAGAGUGAGGCUGAAUGUUAUGAUGGCCUACAAAGUACAAAAGAAACUCCCACAUUCAUGCGCUAACCCCGAUUCCCAACACAUCCUAACCCCGAUUCCCUAGCCAUUUUAGAUACCUUAACUAUUAAACAGGUAUUAGCAGUAUGGGCAUAGUUUCACCUUGCACUCUGCUGAGGCUUGAACCAUGGUUACAUAUGCAAUUCGUUCAGCGUUACACACUGCCUAGGGCCUGGAAGUCGAUCUGUAAUUGGGCACUUUAUCUCCAUCUUAAUGUCACCUUACAUAAACGGAGACCUUUCCGUCCCACAAACCUCCGUCAGUCCUGCCUCUGGGUGUGAGGAUUGCCCUGGGGUGGCUUUUAGAAGGCCCAGAGCUGGAAGUUUUAAAAACAAAUACCCUUUCUGUGACGAGCGACAGGAGAGAAAAUGAACCGGUGCGAUGCUCUGGGUUCUAAAACUGGAAAAGCCAAGGUUUCAACAUGAUCUGUUAAGUGUGUAAUGUUGUCUUGCAUAGCUAAGGGAAACAAAGAAUGGCCUGAUCAGCUUCCUGUUGCAACGCCGUUCAUCUAACCUGCUCUACAUCUGGUCUGACCCAGACCCCUACUCUACAUCUGGUCUGACCCAGACCACUACUCUACAUCUGGUCUGACCCAGACCACUACUCUACAUGUGGUCUGACCCAGACCACUACUCUACAUCUGGUCUGACCCAGACCACUACUCUACAUCUGGUCUGACCCAGACCACUACUCUACAUCUGGUCUGACCCAGACCACUACUCUACAUCUGGUCUGACCCAGACCACUACUCUACAUCUGGUCUGACCCAGACCACUACUCUACAUCUGGUCUGACCCAGACCACUACUCUACAUCUGGUCUGACCCAGACCACUACUCUACAUCUGGUCUGACCCAGACAAAAAAAGUUUAAUUUGCACUCAGGGAUAAACUGUGAUGACACACAUUUAACCUAUGUAAAUAUGUAACUAAUAACUUCUGUUUUAAACAUAUGUAAUCCACAGCUAUAGAUUUAUAUUGCAGAUGAUGUCAUUUAGAUAUUGUAUCUAACUCUUGUUAAUAAAAGUGCUAUGUUGUA